UUCAGCUCAACUCAAUUACGUAAUAAUAGAUAAAAACAGAGAUAGAUAAAUUAUACACUAAAUUAGAAAAGGAUCGACAAUGCUGUAUUUGAAUGAUCCGAGUAUGCGAUCAUUAAAUACACAAACGUCAAACUCGCGGAAGAAAGGGGGCUUCAUAACCAAAACAUAGCAAAGCAAAAAUUUUUUUUUUUAAAGCAAUAAUUUAAUUUAAAAGUAACGUACUCGUAAGCUCUUAGGUGUAAAUAAUUAAUUAUAAUUCGUGUGUAAAUAAUUCAUAUAAUAUUUUUCGAAUAUAUUUAUUUAAAAGUUGAGGUUAUGCUACACAAUUAAAUGUUUAAUGACAUUACUUGUCGAUUAUUUAAAAACUUUACACAAAAUUGAGUAAGAACAUGUUCAAAACAAUUACAACGAACGGUGGGAUAGCUCACGUUUUAACUCCAAUUAAUUUUAAUAAUAUUCUAUAGUUCCACAUUCAAAAUGAAUGGUGCGCCAAUGGAUCGAAGUAACAGUGGACCUCCUUCAGUACAUAAUCAACAUAAACCACCGAAAAAUUAUAAAUUAUUAGUGGAUCCAUGUUUGGUGAAAGGAUCAACAAAAUUAUAUCGUUAUGAUGGUAAUGUACCCGGAGAUCCAACGUAUCCACCAGUAUGUCCACGCGAUCCACGUUCACAUCUAACACGAAUAUGGACACGAUUAGAAACAUUGGAAUUACCAGUACCACGAUUUAAAAUCGAUACGAAUUAUAUCGGUGAACCACCUCCGUUGGAGGUAACCAUUCGUCAAUUGAAUGAUAAUAUUGAUAAACAAUUUUUAACUGAUAUGGUUCAAAAGUAUGGACCGGUUGAGGAAUUGUUUAUAUAUUAUCAUCCGGUGACAAAUAAACAUUUGGGUCUUGGACGGGUUGUUUUUGAACAAGUAUCGGCAGCUCGGGCAUGUGUUGAUAAGUUAAAUGGUACCAGUGUUAUGGGAAAGGUUUUAGAAGUCUUUUUAGAUGCAUUUGGCGAACAAUGCCGUCGAAUAUUUACAGAAUGUACAUCAGAUAAAAAAGGUACUGAUGAAAAAGUACUUGGAAAAUCUGACAUAGAUGAUAAGAAAAUUAAAUUAGGAAAAAAUGAUAGUCUUGUACCUCCUCCUACACCAGAUGAAGCAAUUCGAUCACUUGAACCUGAAGCUUCACCAACACGGAAUCAUCAUAAAUCCAGGCAUAAGUCAAGUUAUACAUACACCGAUCACAAUUCAACAAAUUCAUCAGAUAUCGCGGACAGUAGUUAUCAUUCAGGCUCAAGUUAUUCAACACCAGCAGCAUAUGAAUAUACGCCACAUGGAACGCCAUAUGGACAAUUUCCUCCACCUCCAACUCCAAACAGUAUGGCAUCAUAUUCUGCAUAUCAUCAUCCACAUUCAAUGCCUACAUCGAUGCAUCCGUCAAUGUGGCCUACACAUCAACACCAACCACCGUGGAAUUCGGAUGGUUGGGAUCGUGUACCUCCACAUCAGGGAAUCUAUUCUCAUCAUAAUAAUGCGGUUGGAAGUCUUCCACAAGCUAAUGCAACGCCAACACCACCCAGUAAUAAACAUGUGACGUCUCCUUUAAAUGAAUAUAGUAAAAAAUCCAAGUCGAAAAAAGAACAAGAGAUUGAAGAUAAGAAAACUUUAGAUUUAGAUACAAGAAUUGAAAUGUUAUUAAAAGGUAAAACCGCUGGCGGUAUGGCACCACCAUUUUUACAAAUUGGAGCUAGUUCAGAUUCUGAGGAAGAAAUGAAACGACCCUCAAUAUCAGGAUUAACUCCAACAAAAGCAAUUGCUGUUGAUAGCAUUGAUAGCGAUGACGAUGAUCGAUCGAGUAUAUCACUAAGUGAUUUACCAAUAAAUCCACCUGCACCAGACAAAUGUUUGAGUAGUGAUCCUUCAGCACCGUUAAGUCAACCGCCAUCACCUUUCUUAUCGAAAGAAUGUUAUUUACAAUGCCAUCGAAUUGCGUUAGAACAACAAGCUUUAGCCAAACAAAGGCAUGCAUUAGAAACAUCAAUCCCAUUAUUAGACAAACUUGGAAGCGAUAUAUCAUCAAGUGAAGAUGAACUACUUACCGGUGGUGAAAUAACCAGAAAUUACAGUCCCAUCGAAGCAAAAUCGAAAAUCAGUCCAGACGAUGAUCAAAUGAGUUUAUCAUCGUUAAGUAGUGGUGAUGAAAAAAUAGUCGAUGGACCUCCGAUGCCUCCAACGAAUAUCCCACCACCAUAUCCCGUUACACCGCAUCAAUAUCACACAAUAUAUGCACCAGGUGCAUAUUUCCAACCGUACGGAGCUGCUGAUUGGCGAGCUUAUCCAUAUGCACCGGCUCCAAUGUAUUUGGCUGCACCCUAUCCACAAAUACCUAGUUACACACCUUCAAUAACUACAACAGCGGCAACUGUUCAUCAAACCCCAUCCACCUUCGAAAAUAAAGAUCCACAUGCGCCUACAAUACGGGCAGUAGUUGAUCGGGUCACGACUGAACUAAAACAAAUUUUAAAAAGAGAUUUUAAUAAAAAAAUGAUUGAAAAUAUAGCUUAUAAGAAUUUUGAAAGUUGGUGGGAUGAACAGGAACAGAAGAAGGAUAAAUUAGCAUCGUUGAUCAUUGAUCAGGAAACAAUGAGCGCGACUAAAGACAGUUUGAGUGCUUUAAUUGAAUCAAGUCGUGAUACAAGUAUUACAUUGGAUACGGUUGGUUUGGGUAGUAAUUUUGGUUUAGGUUUACGUGCAUCUAUACCAAAAAUGCCUAGUUUUCGACGUAAGAAAAUACCUAGUCCAAUUAUUGAAGAUGAUGAUGUUAGUCGACAUUUGAGUGAUCAAGAAGAAAUGGUACAGGGAUCAGAUUCAGAAUCUAGAAGUUCGUUCCAAAGAAAACAACGAUCUAGAUCGAGUAGUGAAUCAUCAACAAGCUCCUUAUCAAGCUCAAGUGAAGAAUCAAGUUCUAGUUCAGACGAAGCUGAAUCUAGUUCUGAUUCUGAAGAAGGUGAACUCGAAGAUGGUGAAAUUAUUGAAAAACCUGAACCAGCAUUGCCAUUACCUCCAACUGAAGAAAAAGUAAUAACUAAUGAAGUGAUUGAACAACCUGAAGUAUCAAGUGAAUCAAUGGACACGUCAUUAGAUCAACCACCAAGAACACCUGGUCGAGAUAUUCCUAGCCCCGUAUCAAAACCACCUGAAAUUAUACCCGAUGAUAAAUCAAAUAAAUUCACACAAGAAAUGUCAGAAAGCAGUGCUACUGAACAAUUAGAUAAAGAGGAUGUCGAUUUAGAUAAUAUGAGCGACGAGGAACGCGAAUAUUACGAGAGACGAAAGCGUAACACAGAGUAUAUGGAACAAAUGGAAUUACUUAUGGGUUCAAAACCAAUUAAAGAUAAAAGUCCAACACCUAGAUAUUCGAAGGCACCCGAAACUAAAGCAACACCAGUAUUACCGGUUAGUAAUGCAACGGUACCAGCUAAACGAGGUCGUAAACCAAAAGUUAAGCAGGUGUUGCCACCAGAGGAAAAGAAAGAUGACGUGGAGCGAGAAUUACUUGAACGUAGAGAAAAAGAACGCGAACAAUUAUUACGAUUGGAUCGUAAUCCCGAACCUCCAGUUGGUGGUGAAACUAAUGAAUACUCUGCUUUAAAAGCAUUAGCUACAUUAGCUACAGGUGGUACAAAAUCAAGUUCAGAUGAAGAAACUUUGGAAGAACGAAGGAAGAAAACAAAAGUUGAAGAAUCACCACCAAGACCGGAUGGUGUUAAAGAACGGGAUUCAUCAUCAACCGAAGGUAGUUCGUCACCCGCUAGUCAAGUUGCCUUGGAACAUUCAUAUUGUCUGCCACCGGAACAAGAAUCCGUUAAACGUAAAAUUUUGGUACAUGAUCACGGUUAUACAAAUCUUGAUACCGCACAGCAGCAACAAUUACAAGAACAAUCGCAACAACCUCCUAGUAAGAAAAUUAAAAAGAAACACGAUUAUAAGAAAUUACAGACUAUUGAAGAUUUAUAUAAUCAUACAGCGGCCCCAGGUGUUAUUGACAUACCGUCUACAGUACAAUUUAAAGAACGUGACACGCACGAAGAAAUGAAUAUAUUGUUCGAAUUCCUAACAAAAGGAAUUGAUCAUGAAGAUAUUACAUUUAUGAAAGCGAGUUAUGAAAAUAUGUUGUCCGACGAUAAAUUAGGAUAUUGGUUGAACGAUACACAUUGGGUUGAACAUUGUGCAACGGAUAUCUACACACCUGCAUCCAGUAAAAAACGGCAUGCGACUGGAUGCGCUCGUACCGAAGGAUAUUAUAAACUCGAUGCUCGCGAUAAAGCUAAAUAUAAAUAUCAUCAUUCAAAAGUACACUUAGUGGGUGCUGCACCAGUGAAUAACGCAGCACCAUUAGCAAAUAAAAUGCAAGGCAUAUCACGUGAAGCACGCUCAAAUCAACGACGAUUAUUAACUGCAUUUGGUAUUGAUACCGAUUCAGAUUUAUUGAAAUUCAAUCAAUUGAAAUUUAGAAAGAAACAAUUGAAAUUUGCUAAAUCGGCUAUACACGAUUGGGGUCUGUUUGCAAUGGAACCGAUCGCAGCGGAUGAAAUGGUUAUUGAAUAUGUUGGACAAAUGGUACGACCUGUUGUUGCUGAUUUACGUGAAACAAAAUACGAGGCUUGUGGUAUUGGUAGUUCGUAUUUGUUCCGUAUUGAUUUGGAUACGAUUAUUGAUGCAACUAAAUGUGGUAAUUUGGCGAGGUUUAUUAAUCAUAGUUGUAAUCCAAAUUGUUAUGCAAAGGUAAUAACCAUAGAGUCUCAAAAGAAAAUUGUAAUAUACUCAAAACAACCGAUUGGAGUAAAUGAAGAAAUCACAUACGAUUAUAAAUUCCCAUUGGAGGAUGAAAAGAUUCCAUGUUUAUGUGGAGCACCGCAGUGUAGAGGAACGCUUAACUAAAAAACAAUAAACAAAUGUGAAAAUCCAUGUGAAAAACAAAACAUAAUAAAAGAUAAAAGCAACAAAAACAAUGAAGUGUGUUAUGAAAUUAUACAAAAAA